ACAUUUUCCAGAGAAUUUCUCCAUCCUAAUGACACUGAAGGCCAAGAAAAUGUCUCAGUUUUUCCUGCUGUCCAUUUACAAUGACCAAGGAAUACAACAGCUCGGGGUAGAGAUUGGGCGAUCUCCUGUCUUCCUUUAUGAGGAUCAAACAGGCAAACCAACCCCUGAGGAAUAUCCCAUCUUCAAAAAAAUUAACCUGGCUGAUGGCAAGUGGCACCGCCUGGCGAUCAGCGUUGAAGGGAAGAAUGUCACGCUGAUCAUUGACUGCAGCCAGCAGAUAUCUGAGCAUCUAGCUCGAAGUGACAAUCCAGAGAUCAGCACCAAUGGAAUCACCGUGUUCGGUACCAGGAUAUUGGAUGAGGAAGUGUUUGAGGUUAGUGUGAUGGUAGAUGACAACUCUGCUCAGAGAAAGUUUAAGGAAGUCACAUUUAUUGGAUUGCAAAGUGUGGUUCCCAAAUUAGACCGGGUUUCCGUGUUUGAAAGGGAGGCGUCUCCAUCUCCAACCCAUCCUGAACCUGAUUUUGGAGUGUUCAUCAAUGAUAUUAAGUCGCUAUAA